AUGAAUGCUUCUCAAGCUAUAGAAAAGGUUGCUGAGAUUGAUAAGCCAGAAGGAUCUCUUCUCUCAGUGCACUAUUCAAAUAAGACAAACGCCAUAUACUCAAUAUUCCACUGCGACUCGCCAACACCUAAAGUAGAAAUCGAGUCCCAGCAAAAGCUUGCAAGCAUAAAGGCAAUUAUGGAAAGGAUUCUAACAUGCGUUAUAGCGCCCCAUGAAAGAUUUUCAUACAGAUUUCACAUCCACGUCCUUUCUCUAGCAGAAAAUGCAAUGGACAUAUGCACAGACCUAGUCACUGGGCUUUGCGCUUUAAUGACCGCCAUGCAUAUUGAGCUAACAGACACUCUUAUUGCAUACACCAGAGCGUAUGAAGCUGGGUCUGCCUGGGUCUGCAAAAGAUAUUUUGCAAACGAUGUGGUGUAUAUGAAAAUGCUUGGGCACAUGUCCCAAAGCAAUGUGCUGAAUGCAAUAGAAUAUAUGCCUUUCGAAGAAAUGGAAGAGUUUAGAUCUUUACACAAAAUGUGUUCUUUUAAUAAAUAG